AUGGCUGCAACAACUGAUGAUAUCAUGAACUACCUUAAGGCAAAUACCAAAUACUUUGAGAAAGCUACUACUGCUAAUAGAUGGGAUAGUAAAAGAAAAAGAGAUAUUCUUCCUGGUUUCUUACAUGGAGUUGCUGAUGAGUGGCAAACAACUUUUUAUGUAACUCAAAAUACAGCAGGAACACCAAAUUGA